AUGUUCGACGACUCCAAGACGGACGGCAGCAUCUUCGCCGCCGUGCUGAGCGUCGUUGUCGCCCUGUCUACGCUGUUCACGCUUUUCCUCGUCACGCUGCCUGGCCGCUAUGAUGCCUCCAGAGACAAGCCGCCAAGGUCCGUCGACGAGAAUGGACAAGACAUCAAGACAAGGACAAGAGACGGAAAGGGCCCGCUGCAGUGGAAGCAGGGACGGUCGGUGCAGGUGGUCGUGUUGGGAGACAUUGGACGGUCCCCCCGUAUGCAGUACCAUGCCGUGAGCAUCGCCAAACACGGCGGCAGCGUCGUGCUCAUCGGCUACAAAGAGUCCGAAAUACAUCCGGACAUUGUCUCCAACCCUUUGAUUGAAAUCAUCCCCCUCUCGCCAGCACCAAGUGUGCUGCGCUCAAGCAGCAAACUUCUCUUCCCCAUCCUGGCCCCGCUCAAAGUCCUGUGGCAGGUUUGGUCUUUGUACGCUGCACUAGGCUACCGCUCCAGGCCCACGGCGUGGACGCUUGUGCAGAAUCCUCCGUCAAUACCAACACUCGCCGUUGCCAGUCUGGUAUGCUUCUUGCGCCGCACUAGUCUCGUCAUUGAUUGGCACAACUUUGGCUACUCCAUCCUAGCCAUGAAGCUCGGAGACUCGCAUCCUCUCGUCAGAAUAUCGGAGAGAUAUGAGAAGCUCUUCGCCAAAGCUGCUGCGCACCACAUCACUGUAACCGACGCAAUGGCCCGUGUUCUCAAAGCCGAUUACGGCGUCAUUGCACACGCAAUGCAUGACCGCCCGGCCCCUGCCUUUCAGCCUAUCGCGACCGAGGAGCGUGAGCGAUUCCUCAGGAGACUGCCGGAAACGGCCGAAUUUGCAGAGGACCUCUCGCCCAACUCGACAACGCCCUGGAGACUCAUCGUAAGCGCCACCUCUUGGACAGCUGACGAAGACUUCUCGCUCCUCUUGUCUGCCCUCGUCACCUAUUCUGCCGAGUGCACUUCACAGACGCACCUGCCCAAGAUUAUUGCCAUCAUCACAGGCAAAGGCCCACAAAAGGAAUACUAUCUCUCCAAGAUCAAUGAAUUGAAUCAGCAGAAAAAGCUGUCAAACGUCAUCAUCAAGACGGCUUGGCUCACCCAUGCCGACUACGCUCUCCUUCUCGCCUCGGCCGAUCUUGGUGUGUCACUGCAUACAUCAUCCUCUGGCGUUGACCUCCCCAUGAAGGUCGUCGAUAUGUUUGGCGCAGGGCUGCCUGUCGUGGGUUGGGGCAAGUUCGAGGCAUGGCCGGAACUGGUCAAGCAAGGCGUCAACGGCCUCGGAUUUCAAAGCGCAGAGGAGCUCGCUUUGCACCUGGCUACCUUCUUUGGCAGCGAUGGCAGAUUGAGAGACACGCUCAAAGCAGGCGCACUCAAGGAAAGCGAGCACAGAUGGGACGACGAAUGGGAUGAUGUGGGUGGAAAGUUGUUUAAGCUAACCUGA